AUGCACGUUCCCGCGGGAGGGAACGACGCGCGCGCGGCGUUUUGUUCGACGCCGUUGCAGAAGCCGAGGCGAGUGUCGCUUUCUGCAGCGGGGUCGAGAUGCGGAGCCAAUCAACGACUCGGUGAAUCGCUUUUUCGAUACCCGGCGCGAUUCGGUACGUACAACCAGACUGUAUGGGCAGUUGGUCUGCGACGGAGGCCACUGUACUUUUUGGUUUCAGAUUUCCUCGAUUCGAUCGAUCGACCGGUUUCUCGGUGUGAUUUCAACCGCGUUCACCGAACGAACCGAACCGACUAA